GGAAUAACUAUAUGGUGGACGAGUCGAGCGUUGGGCAGUCGAAGGCGAAAACGGUUUGUGCCUUUCUGCAGGAGCUGAAUGAUGCAGUGAAGGCUAAGUUUAUUGAAGAGUAUCCUGAGAAGUUGAUUGAAUCCAAUCCAUCCUUCUUUUCGCAAUUUACGUUGGUUGUUGCCACGCAGCUCGUGGAAUCUUCAAUGGUAAAAUUGGAUAGAAUCUGCCGUGAAGCCAAUGUCUUGUUGAUAUUUGCGCGCUCUUAUGGCCUUACUGGUUUUGUUCGAAUCAGUGUUAAGGAACAUGCAGUGAUUGAAUCAAAGCCCGAUCAUUUUCUGGACGACCUCAGGCUAAAUAAUCCAUGGCCUGAGCUUAGGAGAUAUGCAGAAUCAAUUGAUUUGGAUACAGCCGAUCCUGUUGCUCACAAGCACAUUCCAUAUGUUAUUAUUCUCAUUAAGAUGACAGAGGAAUGGGCAAAAACUCACAAUGGAAAACUUCCGUCUACAAGGGAUGAGAAAAGAGUAUUUAAGGAUUUAAUCAAGGCCAAGAAGACUGCACCAGAUGAAGACAAUUACAAAGAAGCAAUGGAAGCUUCAUUCAAAGUCUUCACUCCUCAAGGAAUCAGUCCAAGCCUACAGCAAAUAAUUAAUGAUACAUGUGCUGAAGUUAAUUCCAACUCUUCAGAUUUUUGGGUUAUGGUGGCAGCUCUAAAGGAAUUCAUAGCUAACGAAGGAGGCGGAGAGGCACCUCUGGAGGGAUCUAUCCCAGAUAUGACAUCUUCAACUGAGUUAUACGUCUCCCUACAAAAGAUCUAUCAGGCUAAGGCUGAGGCCGAUUUUCUUGUCAUGGAAAAGCUCGUCAAGAAAAUACUGAAGAAGCUAGGUAGAGAUCCAGAAAGCAUCUCGAAAGCAACCAUAAAAAGCUUCUGCAAAAACGCUAGGAAACUCAAGGUAUGCAGAUAUCGCAAGAUUGAGGAGGAGUUCAGUUCGCCGGUUCAAUUGGAGCUACAGAAGUAUCUUACAGACGAAGAGUACUGCACUCCAAACUCACGGUGCAGUGUUGCUGUUGGAUUCUACAUUCUUCUACGAGCUGUAGAUCGUUUUGCUGCAAACUAUAAUAGCUUUCCAGGGCAGUUUGAUGGUGAGAUGGACGAAGAGAUUUCCAGAUUGAAAACAACAGCUGUUUCCCUACUCAACGACGUGGGCUGCAACGGAUCAACCUUGACUGAAGACCUCAUCAAUGAAAUGUGUCGUUACGGGGCUGCAGAGCUUCACUCAGUGGCCGCCUUCGUUGGAGGAAUCGCCUCACAGGAGGUGAUCAAGCUCAUCACCAGACAAUUCGUUCCAAUGAGUGGGACUUUCAUCUUCAACGGCGUGGAUCACAAAUCACAGCUGCUGUUACUUUGAGCUCGAAAAAGCAAGAGAUACGUAUGUGCCAACCUCAACAACAAAAAGUUUUCCAACGAUGCAACGACCUUUUUUCUGAGGCUCGACUUUUAUGUAGAUGGCUCAGCGCCUUCGUUAGCCGCGAGUUCUUGAAUCAAUAUAAACUUUGCUGAGAUUAUCAUCUCCUACACUCUUGUCGUUGUCGUGCUGUUUAUACAGGUUGAAAAUUAGAUUUUGGAGCUUGAAUUUUCUGAGCUAUAAUCUUACCUUUAUUUUUGGUUUCGUUUCA